AUGGCGCAUCUACUCUCAGCUUCAUGCCCUUCACUAAUCUCACUCAGCAGCAGCAGCAAGAACUCGGUUAAGCCGUUUGGUUUAAAGCAAACCGUCCUCAAUCCACAACCUCUCUCAAAACCUUCUCUCAAAGGACUUCUCUUCCAAGUCAAACAACACAAGAGAAGAAUCUCCCCUUUCCGAGCAACCAUAAGCCAACAAGCACCACCUGAGACAUCCACCAACAACAACUCCUCCUCCUCCAAACCGAAACGUGUCAUGGUCAUCGGAGGAGACGGUUACUGCGGAUGGGCCACUGCUCUCCACUUGUCCAAGAAAAACUACGAAGUUGCCAUCGUUGACAACCUCGUAAGACGUCUCUUCGACCACCAGCUUGGACUUGAGUCCUUGACCCCUAUAGCCUCGAUUCAUGACCGAAUCAGCAGAUGGAAAGCUUUAACAGGGAAGACAAUUGAGCUAUACGUAGGAGACAUCUGCGAAUUCGAGUUCUUGGCUGAGUCUUUCAAAUCUUUCGAGCCUGACUCGGUUGUACACUUCGGUGAGCAAAGAUCCGCUCCUUACUCCAUGAUAGACCGGUCCAGAGCUGUCUACACACAGCACAACAACGUCAUUGGCACUCUCAACGUUCUCUUUGCUAUCAAAGAGUUUGGAGAAGAGUGUCAUCUGGUUAAGCUUGGGACGAUGGGUGAGUACGGGACUCCGAAUAUCGACAUUGAGGAAGGUUACAUAACGAUAACGCACAAUGGCAGGACUGAUACGCUGCCGUAUCCGAAGCAAGCUAGCUCCUUUUAUCAUCUUAGCAAAGUGCACGACUCGCACAACAUUGCCUUUACUUGCAAGGCUUGGGGUAUUAGAGCCACUGAUCUCAACCAGGGAGUGGUUUAUGGAGUCAAGACUGAUGAGACGGAGAUGCAUGAGGAGCUUCGUAACCGGUUGGAUUACGAUGCUGUGUUCGGUACAGCUCUUAACCGGUUCUGUGUGCAAGCUGCCGUUGGUCACCCACUUACAGUUUAUGGUAAAGGUGGUCAGACUAGAGGCUAUCUUGAUAUCAGAGACACGGUGCAAUGUGUAGAGAUUGCUAUUGCGAACCCGGCUAAGGCUGGGGAGUUCCGGGUGUUUAACCAGUUUACGGAGCAGUUCUCGGUUAACGAGCUGGCUUCGCUGGUGACGAAAGCGGGUGCGAAGAUGGGGCUGGAGGUGACGAAGAUGACGGUGCCUAACCCGAGAGUGGAGGCGGAAGAGCAUUACUACAACGCAAAGCACACGAAGCUGAUGGACCUUGGGCUUGAGCCUCAUUAUUUAUCUGAGUCGCUUCUUGAUUCGUUGCUCAACUUUGCUGUUCAGUUUAGAGAUCGUGUGGACACGAAACAGAUCAUGCCUAGUGUUUCUUGGAAGAAGAUUGGUGUCAAGACUAAAUCCAUGACCGCCUAA